AUGUCUGUUCCUGCUGGUGUUUCUGAGGGGUUAAGGGGCCCCUUCGCUACCCCGGAGGCCCCUGGGGGCCCCCAGCAAUCGAUGGCGGGGCCCUCAGCUUUUGCUUCAACUGCAAAUAAUAAUGCGACAGGAAGAGAAGACCCAGCCACUGUUCAGGAUACGAACUUCGCUGUCUUUUUCGCGCACUUCUUAAGGGUUUACAAGGGCCCAGACACCCCAGAAGAAGACCCUGAACAGCCAGAAGGCGAAGAAGGCUUGCCCCCAGAUAUAGCAGAUGGGUACUACUUGCGUCGCGUGGCUCUGCUGCUUCGCCGCCCCCGCAGCGGCAGCAGUUUAUUUAUUAAUUUAAAUAAUUUAGAGAGUUGGGCUCCAGAAGCAGCACCUGUAGAAGAUGCAGGUUUGAAGCUCGCUCGCCACAUCAGAAAAAACUACGUCAGGAUUCAGCCGCUGCUGCAGGAGCGAGUGCAGCAGGUUGCUGAUGAAGUGGCUCAGCGUCUUUCUUGCAGCACUUCUCCGGUGUAUCUGCAGCUUCAAGAUACGCCUCGCUAUGUAUACGAGUCUGUCUUUUAA